CUAGUUCUGUGGUGGCAGUGGUAGUGGACGGACGUGUCGAUAACUUCAGCCCACAAAGAAGGUACAUGGGUGCCGUGUGCUCCUUUUUGUGAAGUGAAUAUCCAUCAUUAAAGUAACCUAUAUGUGUAAAGAGAACGUGUCAAAUGUAAGUGAGAGACCCCUCCAUCACGUCAGUAUCCAGGCCGGCUGGUUCUGAAAACUACGUAAAGUAUGUGAAAAAAACCAAAUGUCAUUUGAUGUUUUUAAAUAAACAAAAAGUUAGUGAAAAAACCAGGGGUUGGCAGCAUUGCCUCGAGCUAGACUGCUGCGCCUCCGUACGAAAACUCCUGUCAACUAUUGACGUUGACAGGAGAAAAUUGGUCAAACAUCCAAGUAUGAACAAAUAUUUUGUCUAGUCACUUUCAGCAAACGCAAUAUUUGAUAAAGGUUGCUUCUGCAGUAAUUUUGCAUUGAAUUAUGGCUGAUUAUUUUAACGAAAUGGGGUGGACACCGCUUUCUGAAGGCCAAACGCCAAAUCAUUUUUUAUUAAUGGCGAGAUUUUUAAGAGAUUCCAGUGUUUUUGAUGAAUUGAAUGUAGGAACAACAGCUCCUCCAGCAUCUAGAAGUGCAGUUGAAGCGCUUCCUACUGAAAAGAUCACUUCUGAAGGUUCUAAAUGUCCAAUAUGUUUGAAAGAACACCCCAAAGGGGAAUCCGUUAAAAAACUACCUUGUGGUCAUUUAUAUCAUAAAGAUUGUAUACUGCCCUGGCUUUCUAAGACAAAUUCUUGUCCCGUAUGUAGACACGAGCUUCCAACAGAUGAUGAAGAUUAUGAGGCAUGGAAAAAAGAACAGAAACGGGCAAAAGAGCGGGAAGCUGAUAUCGAACAUCUCCAUAAUUCGAUGUUCUCAUGAAACUCACUUGUAAUGUUAAUCAUUUGACUGAAAUUAGGUUAAGGGUUAUAGGUAUCAAAAUGCUUUCCAAAAAGGAGAAAGAACUUUUUUUAGGAAAAAAAGCUUUCCACUUCUCCAUUGUAUAUAUAAACAAUUGUGGGAAACUUGAAGAAAUAGAAAAUUAAAAGCUUUUUUCCCAAAACUCAUCUUUCCAAAAAAUA